AUGGGGAAGGCUGCGGUCAAGCAGGCAUGUGCUAAGUCCGUCAAGAAGUUCCACGUCAAGACCAAGAAGACGGGAAACAACGACACUACGACGAUUACCGAUGAGGCGGAAUGGUACAUUGCUGAGAACAACAUCACUUCGCUUCGACGCAUGGUGAAGGGCUUCAGCGGACGGCGUGACUUGUCUUGCCUUGACCUUUUCGGCGCAUCGGGGGCAAUCAAGAAUGCCUGGAGUCGAAACAAGAAGAAGGCUGAGCUGUAUGACAUCAAAACGAAUGGGCCACAGCACGACAUCUGCAGCGAGGGCGGUUUCGAGAACCUCUUGCAGUUGGGCUUGAGGGUCAAGCCUGGUGGGGUGAUUGUGGCAGGACCCCCAUGCUCGCUGUUUAUCUUCCUGUCGAGCUCGAUUCACCGGAGAAGCCCUCACAGGCCGUGGGGGAACCAGGAGUACCGCUCCGUACGGCUUUCGAAUUGCAUCGUCAGGAACAUGACCACCUUCCUGCAGCUCAUGUCAGAGCGGCAGGUUCACUGGGUGAUCGAGCAGCCCUCCGGCAGUCAGAUGUUCAGGCUCCCACCGCUGCGGCGCCUCAUGCGUGAAGUCGAUGCAGUGCAGGUCACAACCUACAUGGGAUGCUUUUCGCACAAGAUGAAGAAGCGGACAGUCCUUGUAGGUACCUUGCCUUCGCUGCCGCGGAUGGAACGAUCCCUACGCCCUCAAGAUCGCAAGCGCUUUGACAAGAACAGGAAGAAGUUCUACAUCCGCUGCGAAGGCAAGGUCCAUGGAACCAAGGCGUUGCAGUCGAGCGCAGAUUACACGCCCAAGUUCUGUGAAGCCCUCUAUACCUGUUGGAAGCAGAAGUGA